AUGGAGCUGCUGCUCGUGCGCAUCGACCACUUCCGCGACCGCUCUAAGUACGUGUCAGUGCUGCGUGAGUGGCUGCAAGAGUUGCAGAUCGUCAACGGACGCGUGAUCUCCAUGGGCUCCGACCUGCAGCUGCUGUUCGUCGCUUCGACCGAGUCCCAGAACUCCAAGUUACUAGACUUUUAUCGCUCCAGAGAUAUCGAUACCAACAGCCGCGGCGAGCUCUGCGUGGACAAGUUUAUCGAUAUCUUGGGACGCAAAAAGGUGGAGAACUGCGGCUGCAAUGGCUUCCUGGAGAUGAACGUGCUGAGCCCAUCGCUGUUGCAGAAGGUUUUAGUGAACGAAUGGCAUACAGAGCAAACGUGGCUGGACACAGCGCUGGCUACAAAGCGCACCAAGGCGUUUCUGGAGUGGAAAGAGGCGGCUAAAGCUGCGAGGAAGGAGAGACGGAAGAAGGAGAAACAGGUGAAACACCAGGAGCGCGAGGUGAAGAGGAUGAAGAGAGAACAGGAAGCAACACAGAAGGCAGCGGAUGAGGCUGCUGAGACGGAGGAAAACGUGGAGACGGAGACUAAUAAGCAGGAGAUUGUGGAGGUGACGGAACCUCCGAAGCAGCAGGGACAGAAGCGAAAACUUGAGCAACAGCAACAGCCGUUGGGACCCAAGAAGAGCAAGAACAAGAAACGGCGUAACAAGCCGACUAUAGAGUCCUAA